AUGGAACAGAAAAGGCGUAAGGAGACCAAAUCACGCUCCACGAGGGUUCCGCCGCCAUUUCCUCUGGAUCUCAUAGAACGCUUCUUCCGUGAAGGAAACGUCUCUCAACGUCUGAGUGCCUCUGCACCCGUGUUCCUUGCUGGUGUGCUCGAGUACUUGACAGCCAACGUUCUGGACCUGGCUGGCAAGGAGGCCCACGCCAGUGGCACAAGGCUCAUAACCCCUGAGCAUGUGACCCAGGUACUAGAGAACAAUGAACAGCUCCGUGAAUUCUUAAAAAAGGAUGAAAACGCUGUGGUCCCUGAGACAUCAGAACCCGAGGAACACUGA